AGAAGAAGAAUAGGAAUAGCCUAGCCAAGGAGGUACCCGGUAGUCGAAUUUUUAGUCGUUGUAUUUUUAGUAGGCCUCCACACUCCAUACUUGAGUUCACACAUAGGCCUAGAUCUAGAUCUACGCAUCAUGGCCGACUUGGCAGAGACACUCCUUCGCGAAGUCGAAAGUAGGGAGUCUUUAGACUCACUCGAAUUCUCAAACCGGCAAGGCGUUAAUCAUCAAGCUGUAGUUGGAGCUGUGAAAAGUCUUCAGUCACUUGGCAAUGUGAUAAAUGCAAAGGAUCAACAGAAGAAAAAAUGGCAGCUGACAGAUGAAGGAUUAUCAGUUUUGCAACAUGGAAGUCACGAGGCCUUGGUUUACAAUGCUGUACCAACUGAUGGGAUUCCGCAGUCAGCGCUCAUGGCGUCUGUACCAAAUGCAAAGGUGGGCUUUAGCAAAGCCAUGUCUGCUGGAUGGAUCAAAGUGGACAAGGCUGCAGAGGGAGGCCCCAGAGUCUUCAGGAAAGUUGACUCUAUAGAAGAUGUGGUCAAGGCUUGUCUCGAAAAGAUAUCUAAACUGCAGCUUGAUGAUGUCACAGAUGCCCAAAGAAAUGAGUAUAAGAAGCGGAAGCUUAUUUCUGAAGUGAAAGAAGUUAGCUAUUUAAUAACAAAAGGGGAAAACUUCACCACCUCAGUGAGCAAGCCACAGGUUGACCUCACCCCAGAAAUGAUUUCCAGUGGGAGUUGGAAGACAACCCAGUUCAAACCAUACAACUUCAAGUCUCUCGGAGUGCCUGCUACAACGGGACAUCUUCACCCUUUACUCAAAGUGAGGGAACAGUUCAGGCAGAUUUUCCUGGAAAUGGGGUUCACCGAAAUGCCCACCAACAACUAUGUAGAGUCUAGCUUCUGGAACUUUGAUGCUCUAUUCCAGCCACAACAACAUCCUGCUAGAGAUGCUCAUGAUACUUUCUUUAUUUCUGAUCCCAAGACAGCAAGCGCCUUUCCCAUGGAUUAUUUGGAAAAAGUGAAAAAUAUUCACUCAAAUGGUGGCUAUGGAUCUCAAGGGUACAAGUAUGACUGGAAGCUAGAAGAAGCUGAAAAAAACAUUUUGCGAACACAUACAACAGCUGUUAGUGCAAGAAUGUUGUAUAAACUUGCCCAAGAGAAGGAGUUCAGACCUGUCAAAUACUUCUCCAUUGACCGUGUCUUCCGCAAUGAAAACUUAGAUGCAACUCACUUAGCUGAGUUCCAACAGAUUGAGGGUGUGGUCGCGGACAGGGAUCUCACCCUUGGUGACCUUAUGGGAACCAUUAACCAGUUCUUCAACAAAUUAGGCAUAAAAAAACUGCGUUUCAAGCCAGCCUAUAAUCCCUACACUGAGCCGAGCAUGGAGAUUUUCAGCUACCAUGAAGGCCUCAAGAAGUGGGUAGAAAUUGGAAACUCUGGAGUUUUCCGCCCUGAGAUGUUGCUUCCAAUGGGCUUGCCAAAUGAUGUGACGGUGAUCGCAUGGGGUCUGUCCUUGGAAAGACCGACAAUGAUCAAGUAUGGAAUAGACAACAUCCGUGAUCUUGUUGGCCCUAAAGUCAACCUGAAAAUGGUUCACGAAAACCCUCUGUGUCGGCUAGAGAAAUAAAAGUUUAAAAGUCUGAAUGUUGGGUAGUGCUUGAGUUUAUUAGUAAGGAAUGACAGUGAAGGAUUGAACGCAACACACAUCUUGUUUGAAAAUUGAAAAAAAUGAGCAUUUGUUGUAUGUUUCAUUUUCCUUGUCAUUUAAGUAGUAGAGAGUGAUAAAUGAUAAAUAGAAUAUUUUUGACAAAGAAGGUAGAAAUUCAUAGUAAACUGAAAAAUUUGAACACUGGGUGACAGCUGAAUCAUAAAUGUUUGUAUCGCUCUUGCUAUUUUUUUUUUUUAGUUGUUUGGUUUUGUUUUACUAGCAAGCUGUCUUCUCUUUUUAAAGGCCAAAACGUAUUUAUUUUGUCAGGUGACCUAGAGAAAUAGAUUUGUCUUCAUGGACUGUUCAUUGACCUCCCGUGAUAUGUUUACCUGCUUAAGGAUCAUAUGCUAAUAACAUGACUACGUGCGUAGCCUGAUAUACAUUGCGAAUGGCGUUCUCCAUAUAUAUGUUUGUGUGAACCUGAAGAAAAGGAUGAAACGUCAGUCUAGCUCUAUAUCGUUUCGAGCUAAAGGCCAAUAAAACAAAAUUAAAUUUUUUGUACCAAAAUGUGUUUCCAUAAAAGAACAAUAGUUCUGCCAUUUCUGAACCAUGAAUUGAAAGAAUUUAUCAUUUUGAUGGUAGUAUUGGUAGGGUAUUCUUUUAAAAAGUGAAAAUGGCUUUAAAUAAGAGACUAAGAUUAAUACUUUGGGUCUGACUCCUCUCCCUCAGCCCAGCUCUUCAAGUGAAGUUGAACCCAACAUGUUACAUACUAAAAUAUUCACCGUGACUUCUCUUAAGCUAUAAAUGGCUUAAAAUCAUAUCUUUUUACCCUACUUCACUAAAUGUGCAGUAUCUCAAAAACUACUAGACAGUAUAGAAUCUGAAAAAUUCUUUAACUAAUUUCCUCAGCAUUUAAUUUUCAUGAGAAACCUUCCUUAUCUUAAAAAUAUAUGUCAAAAUUCAGUUUUUAGUGCUUUCUUUACACACACAUAUAUAGUCCAUAUAAAGUAUGCAUAUUUUCAAAUUACUACCUUAGGACUUACGCAUUUCAUCUGUUUGUAUAACUGAGAUCUGACAUCAACCAUUUGUGAUAGCGUCAGAAUGUGUAUGCUAAAGAUCUGUUGAAAAUAAAAGUGGAGAAAAUGUUUA